AUGACAACCCUCACCCCCCGCGCUCCGUAUACGGAGGAAGAGCUCAAGCAACUGUAUCCGUCUGACCUCAAACUUCAGUUUGUCCAGAUUCUUCUACGACAUGGCGAGCGCUCGCCCGUCUCUGCUCGCUUUUCCAAUGCCGGCCUUCCCGCCUUUUGGCCUUACUGCAACGCAGUGCGGCAUAUGCGCAAUGCCGUCUUGGAUGGCUCGUUCACGUCACCGCAAUUCACCACAUUGGAGUGGAAGCGCCGCCUCGAGGCAUUCGGGCCCAACGACGAGCCCGUGAUAGCCUCGGGUCCUGGUGGCGAGCUCGACGCCAUUUGCGACAUGGGCAUGCUCACCGACAAGGGAAGGGAAACGACAUUCAACCUGGGUUCUCGCCUACGCCGCCUCUACGUGGACCAAUUGGGCUUCCUGCCCUCGACCAUCAACGAUGCCGACAGCCUAUACCUCCGCGCCACACCGAUCCCCAGAGCUCUAGAGUCUUUGCAGGAGACUUUUCUCGGCUUGUAUCCUGCCGGCACCCGCGCGCCAAACUUUCCUGCCCCAACCAUUCUCACGCGGUCCAUUGCCGAUGAGACCCUUUUCCCAAACGACAGCAAUUGCCGCCGAUUCGCUGCCCUAUCGCGUGCUUUUGCACAACGGGCGGCUGAUAGAUGGAAUACGACCGACGAGAUGGAAUAUCUGAACAAGUUGUACGGAAAGUGGAUGCCCGAGGCCAGCCCACGAGUUGCUGUAGAUGGAAAGCCCAGGCUCAGCGGAAUCAUGGAUACGGUCAACAGCACAUUGGCACAUGGCCCAGAGACCAGGCUGCCCAAGGAGUUUUAUGACAAAAAGGGACUGGCAAUUGUCGAAAAGAUUGGCGUAGAGGAGUGGUUUGCCGGCUACAAGGAAAGCCAAGAAUACCGCAUGCUGGGCAUUGGAGGGCUCAUGGGCGACGUCGUUUCAAGAAUGGUAGGAUCGGCUGAGCGAAGCACUGCUGACGGCGAGUACGAGGUUGCACAGAAUCUGAAUGUUGGCGGAGUCAAGGCUGGAAAGGGUGCAACGCCUAUACGCUUUGGCAUGAGCGGCUGCCAUGAUACAACGUUGGCUGCGGUCCUGGCAAGCAUGGGCACCUUUGACACUGACAAGUGGCCUCCAUACACGAGCCACAUUGCAAUUGAAAUGUUCCGGAAAGCUGAUCUCCCUACGCCUGCUACCACGAAACCAACGAUCCCACCCGCGGAAUCCUCGGCGCAAAAGUCUGGCUGGCUCAGCAGUUUCGGUUCCGUCUUUGGAUUUGGAUCCUCCACGAAGCCGGGGCUGCCACCACCAGGAAUCGGCCGCAAGAAGACGGAAGAGUUGGCUGCAGAUGAGCGAGCCCAGUUGGACGGCUACUAUGUCAGACUUCGCUACAAUGAUCAAGUCAUGAAGGUCCCCGGUUGCAAACCAGCAGGCAAACAUCUUGAUGGCGACGACAGCUUUUGCACAUUGGAGGCAUUCAAGGCUAUUGUCGACAAGUUUGUGCCGCAGGAUUGGAGGGGACAGUGCAGAGCCAGUGCUGACAAGCCUACAUUCCCAAGCAAGCCCGAGCCUGCUGGAUAUUGA